AAACCUUGUACCCAGUCAUUUACAUGUUUUAUUAUGUCAGGUUUGUUCUUAAUACACCAUUUUUUUGUUGGUCCACUACUUCCACAAACAGAGCAGCGUCAUGUCAGUGCUGGAGAGGGAGGAGAUGGAAAAAAAGGUGGAAAGUGCAAAAACAGAAUUGUUGGCUGAACAGCGACGUGCAACAGAGAAGCUGGAGUCCAUGCAAGAGAAUUUAGAGGAGACUCGUGAGAAACUCCAGAGGUCCACAGAGGCAGAGACCUUACUGAGGAACAGGUGUGCUUGUCUGGAGGAGAAAUGGAUCCAGAAAAAGGAGCAAACUGAGGCACUUGAGGUUCAAGUAAGUGAGCUGCAGGUUGAACUGGGAGAGUGUAAGAUCAGGGUGGGUACUCUGGAGAAGAUGUUGGCCCAGAAGGAGCUGCAGCUGCUAGAUUUCCAGGAACAGCGUGGGGCCUUACAAGCACAACGAGAUGGACUGAAGGGGGAGCUACAACACGUGAAAACCCAGCACUACAAAAUACUGAAGGAUACAGAGGAACAAGCCAGUAGAAUGAUGCAGGCUGAAAAGGAGAAAGCAGUUUCUUUGAAAGAACAGACUCUGGCUCUCACGCGAUGCAUUGAGUCCAUGCAACAUUCCAUUCAGCUAAAAGAAGAAGAAGCAAAGAAGCUAAGGAAAUCUCUUGAGCAGCAGAGGGAACAGGCAAAGAACCGUGAAGAGGAGCUGCGUGUAGAAGCCUCUGAAAAGGUGCACAAAGCAUUGGAGGAGGAGAGGAGGAAGUGCGAGGCAGAAAAAGUGGAAGCUGUACAGAUCCACUGUGGGAUACUGGAAGAGCAGAACAGAAAGACUCUGGAAAGCAUGAGGAGUGAGAUGCAGCGAGAGAAGAUUAAAGCACUAGCUCUUCAACAAAAAGUUUUGGAACUAAAAACAAGAGUGCAGGAUUCAAAGAGAGAAAGUUGUGCACAGCAGAGAAAGCAGGAGUUUUUGCUGGCUGUUAUUUGCAAAUCACUGAAAGAGGAGCACCAGGUUGAGCUGCAGAGGUUGAAGAAACAAAUGGCACAGGAGGGUCAGAGGACAGUGCUACGGCUCGAGCAAGCUGUUCAGCUGGCAGAGAAAGAAGCUAAGAGGCUACGGGUGAUGCUAGAGGAAAGGGGGAGCAACCAUAACCAAAUCACAGCUGAGCUGGACCUACAGCUCAGGCCCUGGGCCCAGGAGCUGGGAGCAGAGUGCCAGCAUCUACAUCUCUUAGUGGAAGAGAGUGGAGCCAAACAAAGUGCUAUGCAACUACCUGCCAGUCCUACAGUAGCUGAGGCUCUUACAAACCUAAGAGCACUAAGAGAGCAGUUGCAGCACGUGAUUGGCCAUCUACACCACGAGCUUGAUUCACAGAAACAAACCACAGAGCAGCUGAGAAAAGACAAGGAGCAAGAAUUGAGCAUCCAGAGGCAACAGCUGAGGAUGGAGAGAGAUCAAGCCUUGGACUCUCUUAAGGAGCGUCUCAUUCAGGAGCACACUGAGGAGUUGAGCUGUCUGAACAGGGCUCAUAUGAGUGAUGGAGGAGCUGAGGGAGGAGGAGUAGCAAUAUAUCUACGCAAGCAGCUGAAGGCCAAAGACCUGGAGCUCAGGCAGGUUCAGAGGAGCAUGGGUCAGUGGAAGGAACAGACUGCAGCUCGUCUGGCAUGCAAGUUUGAAGAAGAGCUCACAGCUGAACUGGAAAGGUGCAAGACAAAGUGUUUAAGGGGCAGCAAAACAUCAAAGACUCAAGGCGAGAGGCAGAGAAAGUCUGACAGGCUUGAAGGAGGGAUGAGGCUUAGUGCAAAGGAAACACAGAAUUCAGUUUGCUCUCCCUUCCGCCACGUUGUGGAAUCUGCUGCCUCCCACAGCCCCUCAGACAUGGCUUCAUUUAAGCUUCUACUUUACCUCCAGAGCAGAGUGAAGCAGCUCCGUCUAGAAAACCAGGCGUAUACCUGGAUCCCCUCUCCUCUAGAUACAGUCCCUUUAGAUUUAUCAGAAUCCAAUCUUACAACAAUCACUCAAGUUCAAGACAGUGCUGGAAUUCAGAGCCAGUCCGCAAUCAGGACAUUCUCAAGUUAAGGAAAUGAAACCUGUCUGUCUGUCUAUGUCAAUGAACAACAGUAAUAUAACAUUCUUAAAAUCUGAGUCUCAAGCAUUUUGAACCAUUUUAGCAUACCAUAGAGAUGAAUCAUUUACUGUCAGAUGUGCUUAAGAUAGCAGAUUAAGCAGGUCACAGUGACAAAUAACCCAACCGAUGAUUUGGUCAUUAAGUUCAUAUGCCUCUGUGUUAUGGCAGUCAAAUUUUAUGGCUUAAAGUUACAGUGAACUGUGAAUGAAUGAUGAAAUGACAAUAAUGAGAGUUAUGUAAAAUAACCUCCAUAAAGCUGACAGUUCUUUGUAUAUCAUAAAUGUUACAUGAUGUUUAAUUGUCAAAUAAAAAUGUUCUUUAGGUU